AUGAGACAGCUGAAAUACCACGAAAAAAAGCUGCUUAGAAAAGUAGACCUGCUUGAGUGGAAAGGAACAUCAACCGCCAGAGAACAGACAGCAACACAGAAGUACUGUAUAGAGGACAGAGAGACAUACACGAGGUACAACAUGAUUGUAGGAAAAAUAAGACGGCUUGCACUCGCACUUGCAAAGCUGAACGACAAUGAGCCAAUAAAGCAGACGAUGACCAGAGAGCUAAGCAACAAGCUGCACAGCGUAGGGCUCAUUCCCGCAAAAACUCUCUUGGAGUGCGCGAAGGUGGGCGUGGGCUCAUUCUGCAAAAGAAGACUCUCGAGUGUUCUAGCAGAUAUCAAAAUGGUUCCAGACAUAAAGACAGGAGUUACCUUCGUAAAAGGAGGGCACGUGAAGGUUGGUGUAGAGACUAUAACAGAGCCAUCUUUGAUCGUAACAAGGCUGAUGGAGGACUACAUAACAUGGAGAGACGGAUCAAAAGUAAAAGAAACAAUUAGCGAAUUUGCAGAAAAUAAAUAA